AUGCCGAAAGGGAAGAACGUUAAGGGGAAGAAGGUGGUGCCAGGCCCUGCUGUCGUGAAGAAGCAGGAGGCCAAGAAGGUGGUAAAUCCCCUGUUUGAGAAAAGGCCCAAGAAUUUUGGCAUUGGACAUGACAUCCGGCCCAAAACGGACCUCACCCGCUUUGUCAUAGCCCGGCUGCAGCGGCAAAGAGCUAUUCUCUAUAAGCGUGUGAAAGUGCCUCCUGCCAUCAACCUGUUCACCCAGACCUUGGACCACCAGACAGCUACUCAACUGCUUAAGCUGGCUCACAAGUACAGACCAGAGACAAAGCAAGAGAAGAAGCAGAGGUUGUUGGCUCGAACUGAGAAAAAAGCUGCUGGCACGGGGGAUGUUCCCACCAAGAGGCCACCUGUCCUUCGAGCAGGGGUUAAUACUGUCACUGCUUUGGUGGAGAACAGAAAGGCUCAGCUGGUGGUGAUUGCACAUGACGUGGAUCCCAUCGAGCUGGUUGUCUUCCUGCCUGCCCUGUGCCAUAAGAUGGGGGUUCCCUACUGCAUUAUCAAGGGGAAGGACAGGCUGGGGCGUCUAGUAAACAGGAAGACCUGCACCACUGUCACCUUCACACAGGUUAACUCAGAAGACAAAGGAGCGCUGGCUAAGCUGGUGGAAGCUCUCUGGACCAAUUACAACCACAGAUACGAUGAGAUCCGCUGUCACUGGGGAGGCAAUGUCCUGGGCCCCACGUUGGUGGCUCGCAUUGCCAAGCUGGCAAAGGCAAAGGCUAAAGAACUGGCCACCAAGCUGGGCUGAGUGUACACCGUUGGCGUUUUCUGUACAUAAAAUAAAAACUGUUCUUUAAAAAAAAAAAUACUAGCUUUAAGGCUAAGAUAAGAUUGACUAUUGUACUAAGGAAGCAUUAAUCAAUUGCAAUUAUGCUGAGGGAUUUCACUUUUAAAUCAGGAAUGGGUAUUUCACUUUUAAAUCAGGAAUGAGUAUUUUAAAUCAGGAAUGGGUAUUGAGUCUUGUCAAAAACAUUUCAAGGGGCCGGCUGGGUGGCUCAGGCUGUUGGAACUCUGUGCUCUAACACCGGAAGGCUGCCAGUUGGAUUCCCACAUGGGCCAAUGGGCUCUCAACCACAAGAUUGCUGGUUGGACUCCUCCACUCCCACAAUGGAUGGUGGGUGGCGCCCCCUGCAAGCUAACAACUGGCAACUGGACUGGA